AUGGAGCCCGCCGUCAAGGAGAGUGUCUCACGCAUCCCUCUUCUCAAGACCAAGGCCGGUCCACGUGAUAAUGAGAAGUGGACCCAACGACUCAAGGAGGAGUACAUGUCCCUUAUUCAAUAUGUAGAGAACAACAAGGCAAGCGACAAUCACUGGUUCCAGUUGGAGAGCAACGAAAGUGGCACACGGUGGUACGGCACCUGCUGGACGUACUACAAGAACGAGAAGUACGAGUUCAAGGUGAACUUUGAUCUUGCCGUCACGUACCCGCAGGCCCCGCCCGAAAUUGCGUUGCCAGAGCUGGAGGGCAAGACGGUGAAGAUGUACCGCGGUGGCAAGAUCUGCAUGACAACACAUUUCUUCCCGCUCUGGGCGCGAAACGUCCCGUACUUCGGCAUCAGCCACGCACUGGCCCUCGGCCUGGGCCCGUGGCUCUCCGUUGAGGUGCCGGCGAUGGUGGAGGAAGGUGUCCUCAAGCCAACCGGCUCAGUGGGAAAGUAG